AUGUCGACUUCCAGUUCUUCCUGUGGGUGUCGGCAGUUAGGCAGGGAUUCUAACUCGCUGGGCGAAUCAACAGUCGCCAGUUGUAGCGUACCCGCCUGGCGACUGCAGAGGCAACUGACUCAUGCGAUGCUACAAGUCAAAGAUAGACUGCGAGUUUCACCGCAGAAAGUGGGCAAAUUCGGGCUAGAAAAGUGGCUGGCAUCACAACCGAUCGCCGAAAUUGGCUUCCAAAAGAUGGCUUCCUCGCCUUCGGACGGUGUCUUUCGGGGUGGAACAGACGUGAGGUCAGUUGAAACGAUCGAUUGA